UAGGAAUCAUAUGGGGGGGCUCUUCAGCAGGGUGGGGGUGGGACUCUUCUUCGCCUGUGUAUGCAAUAUUAGGUGGGAUUCCACCAAAACGAUUCAGCAGGAUGUGCUUGUAAACACGUGCGGGUUCUCCCCUCCACUCCAGCUUUGGAGAGUGGGUCAGCACUCAGCGGAGACAGAGAGAGCAGCUCUCUGUCUCUCAAACCGCCCUGAGGAGCACUUGCUUGCUUACUUUCUUACCGUCCAUCAGCCUGCGGAGGAGGGCGGAGCUCCACGGCUGCGCGCUCUCCGCGGCACAUGGUGGGGCCGGCUGGGCGGAUUUGUCAGCGCACACGGGGCGCUCCGCCUCCAAAGGCGUUGACGAAGAAAGGAUCCCAAAUGAAAGGCUUUAUUUCAGGACGAAAAACAGGAAUCAGAGCAUAUGUCUCCCAUUUCACCGCAGCAAACAGAAAUCAGACUUGGAUAAAUGAGCUGCUAUAACGCGUUACGCGCGUCGCGGGUGGACGCGUAAAUGCGCUUCGGAGAAACGAGCCGCGCGUCAAAGGAACCCGAUGUCUCUGGGCCACUUGUGUUUACACGGGGACCAUCCAGAGCCACGUUUUUAGCAGGCGGCAACCUUGGAGAAGACAUCAGCCUACAGUGAGGCAGACUGCCUCUGCGGGCGGAGGCGCAGGGAAGGAAACUGGGUUGUUCAUCCAUGGCCUCCUCUGCAGACCCCCUCUAAAUCACCGAAAGAGCAGGGCUGUUUGUUGUUAUUUGGAUUUAGUUUGUCGAAAGUUGCAGCAGGUUGCAGCACAUGCGCAUGACAGAUCGCUGUGGAUGUCCACAUGCAAAGUUAACAACUCCACCUAAUGCGCAACCGAGAGCUCCAGAACCCGUGAAAGAGAAUCCCUGUUGUUGUCAAACCAGUUUCAGGCUCCAAGUCUGCUUGGCCGACAUGGAGAUCCGCGACGAGACGGCGGGGAAGUCGUUCGCGCUGACGUACGUGGGCUGGUGCACGCUGGACAGGCGGACCACCCUGCCCAUGCUGCCGUGGCUGGUGGCCGAGAUCCGCCGGAGGAGCGAGAAGGGCGGCUUCGGCCCCGUCAUGCAGCCCAGAGAGGUCCAGCUGCUGCUCCACUCGCCGUUCAUCCGCUGCGUCCCGACCAGCAGCAGCAGCUCGUCCGUGUUCAUCUUCGAGCACAAGGCGCAGCUCGUCGCGCGCUUCAUCCACAACAGCAACGACCUCUCCUACUUCGCGUACCUGCUGCGCGGACAGCCGGACAACCCGGAGUCCGAGAUGUCCUGUCACGUCUUCAAGGCCUCCGACCCCAACCAGGUUCCAGAGGUUAUCAGCAGCAUUCGACAAGUGUCAAAAUCUGCCCUUAAGGAAGACGCGAAGCCCAAACAGGAAACUGAAGAGGCCUUUUACAACUCGCAGAAGUUUGAAGUGCUGUACUGUGGCAAGGUCACAGUUGGUCACAAGAAGGCUCCAAUCUCCCUCAUUGACGAUUGCAUCGACAAGUUUCGUCAGCAUGAGACCGAGAGGAAGCGCCUCCGACUGCUCAACGGCCAGCGAGGGUCCACGGAGAGCGCUCCUGUGGAUUUUCUCAUGGGGGAAGAAGGGGACCCCCUUUCCUCUGUGCUGAACAAGAAUACGGAGGAGUCUGAUGCUCCUGGCAUGGAGGACAUCAGUGCAGGUAAGAGUGAAGGUAAAGGCUUGUCCAUCAGUUCCAGUCAGAGCAGCUUGCGAGGAGCCUUCCCAGAAUGCAUCCUGGAGGACUCCGGGUUUGAGGAGCCGCAGGAGUUUCGCACGCGCUGCAGCAGCUUGGCAGGAAGUCUUCAGAGGAAGCCGGGGGAAGCUGGAAUCAUGGGGCCGACGCGCCGCAGACACGCCAGCGCUCCUAACAACGUGCAGCCCUCUGAUUCAGACAAGAACCGAACCAUGCUCUUUCAGGUCGGACGCUUCGAGGUGAACCUCAUAAGUCCUGACAGUAAAACGGUGGUGCUGGAGAAGAACUUUAAAGAUAUCUCAUCCUGCUGUCAGGGUAUCAAGCAGACAGACCAUUUUGGAUUUAUCUGUCGUGACCCGCUGGAUUCUGGGCCCAGUCAGUACGUGUGCUACGUUUUUCAGUGUGCCAGUGAAUCCUUGGUAGACGAGGUGAUGCUGACCUUGAAGCAGGCCUUCUCCACCGCAGCGGCCUUGCAAAGCAACAAAACCCAAAUCCAGCUGUGCGAAGCCUGCCCUAUGCACGGCCUGCACAAACUCUGCGAGAGGAUUGAGGGUCUUUACCCGCCCAGAGCGAAGUUAGCCAUCCAACAGUACCUCUCUGAACUCACCGACAACGAGCAGGCGGAGGUUUUUGAGAAAGUUCAAAAACAAAAACCAGGGUCAGACCAGGAGGAGAAUGAGCUGGUGAUUCUCUAUCUAAGGCAGAUCUGCGAGGCCAAGCAGAAGUCUCACCUCCACAUUGGAGAAUCUCCCCAGAAUGCAGGAAAUAGCUCUGCAGCGGGGGACGGCACGGCCCAAAGCAGUCGCUUCAAACUGGAUAUCUUCAAGAGCAAGGCCCGCACGUCCCUCACCAGCUCCCUGGAGAACAUCUUUGCGAGGGGUGCCAGCCGGAUGCGGGACCGCCUGGGAAGCAUGGGAAGCAUCAGCAGUUUUGAAAAACAGGAUGAAGAGUCCCCUGGUGAGUCCCCUCCAGGUUCGCCCCCCGCCUUCCCCGACAACGACCUGGAAUCUGGGAUGCAGUUCCGCCGGCGCGCUCACACCUUCAGCCACCCGCCGCUGAGGAAACGCAUCUCCUUCGAAAGCCAGCUGUCCAAUCCGAGCAAACAGGCUCCCCUGCGCAGACAGCAGUCUGUAAAUUCCGAGCUGCUGCAGAGCAGUCCCGCGGCCGUUCCCAGAACGCGCAGUGUUUCGGAGAGCGAGUCCACCUUCGGCCUCCCCUCCUCCUUCUCUGCCCCCACUUUCCUGAAAAGCUUUUACCAGGGCUCGCUGGGCUCCCUCAGCUCCCUGGCAGACAGUGGGAGCCUCAAGAGCAAUGGCGAAGGCAGGAAAAGGAGUUUGUCCGGCUGCAGCAGCGAGCUGGUGAGCGCGGGUCUCCCCCCGACCCCACGCAGGGUCUCCUGGAGGCAGAAGAUCUUCCUGAGGGUGGCGUCGCCCAUGAACAAGCCGUCUGCAUCCAUGCAGCACACAGACGACUCUCCUGCCGGUGACCUGCUGCCUCUUUCUCCUCACGCCUUGGACUCCAGUCUGGACCAUUUGAGGCGUCUUUUGCCCAUGGCACACGACCAGUCGCCUGAAGGGAAACCUAAAAAAACCGGAGCAGACUACCGGGCUCUCUGGAAGACUGCCAUCCACCAGCAGAUCCUACUUCUGCGCAUGGAAAAGGAAAAUCAGAGGCUAGAAGAAGCGAGCCGAGACGAGCUGCAUAUUCGCAAGAUGAAGCUGGACUACCAGGAAGUGAGUCAGUGCUCCAAAGAGACGCAGGCGAUGUGGGAGAAGAAACUCACGGCUCCAGGCAGGACCACAAACCCGCAGGACAAGGAGGACAUCUAUCGGGCCAUAUGCCAAGGAGUUCCAAAGAGCAGACGUGGGGACGUCUGGCUGCUCCUUUCCCAUCAGCACCGGCUGCAGCACAGGCUGCCCCAGCGCCAGCACGCCCCAGACACCCCCUACCACGACCUGCUCAAGCAGCUCACGGCGCAGCAGCAUGCCAUUCUGGUGGAUUUAGGUCGGACUUUUCCCACACACCAGUAUUUCUCUGCCCAGCUUGGCGCAGGCCAGCUCUCCCUCUACAACCUCCUGAAGGCCUACUCUCUGCUGGAUACAGAGGUCGGCUACUGCCAGGGGAUCAGCUUUGUGGCCGGAGUCCUGCUGCUGCACAUGAGCGAGGAUCAGGCGUUCGACAUGCUCAAGUUCCUGAUGUACGACCUCGGCAUCCGGCGGCAGUACAGACCCGACAUGGUCUCUCUGCAGAUUCAGAUGUACCAGCUCUCCAGGCUUCUGCACGACUACCACCGAGACUUGUACAGUCACUUUGAGGAGCACGAGAUCUGCCCCAGCCUCUACGCGGCGCCGUGGUUCCUGACUCUGUUCGCCUCACAGUUCCCACUUGGCUUCGUGUCUCGAAUCUUUGAUUUUGUGUUUGUCCAGGGUACUGAAGUGAUCUUUAAGGUGGCCCUGUGCCUGCUGAGCAGCCACGAGAAGGAGAUAAUUGAGUGUGACAGCUUUGAGAGCAUUGUUGACUUUCUGAAGACUGCACUCCCGACUCUCACAGAGGCCCAGAUGGAGCAGACCAUCGCCAAGGUCAUAGAGAUGGACAUCUCCAAGCAGCUGCAUGCUUAUGAAGUGGAGUACCAUGUCCUGCAGGAUGAGAUGUUGGACGCCGGACCGCUACCCGAUGACUCGGAGCGUCUGGACAAACUAGAAAAGACAAACACACAACUGAAGAAGCAAAACAUGGACCUGCUGGAGAAACUUCAGGCAGCGCGGCAGAAGAUCCAGACGCUGGAGACCAGCGUGGAGAGCUUCCUCUCCCGGGAGAGCAAAAUGAAGCACAUGAUUCGCUCCCUGGAGCAGGAGAGGGCAGCACACCAGCGAACCAUUGAACGCAUGCGCUCGUGCCUUCCCCCUGACGCCCUGACAGAUGUGGAGAUGACCCAGAUCAAAACAGGACCCAACGGGAAAGCCAAAACCGCAGCCAAAAAGCCCUGAUGGUAACCGAGGGGAAGCGGGGGGCG